AUGACUCUAAAAAAACGUUAAAUGUUUGAAUUAGAGGAGCAACGUGUCAAGAGGGGCAGGUAGGAGCUUGAGAUUUUUUUUGGCUACCGACAAGGACAUACAUAUUUACACAUGACACAUCCACAAGAGUGACUCACCCACCAAUAUUUUCCCUCUACUCUUUUUACUCUCUCUACUUGUGCUUCAAUUCUUUACCAAAUUUCUGACCCCUAUCACGAGAUAAAUAUUUCUUUCACCCUCCAUUGGGGACACACCCUCUUCUUCACCAUAAAUACCCUUAAAUUCUACUCUCUUCACCUUGUUUUUUUCUCUCUUUUUAUUUCCUCUUCACUCUUCACUCUCCUCACUCACCAUCACCUCCUCUCUCUCUCUCCCCCUUAUUUUCCCGCCAAGUUUCCACACUCUCUCUCUCCUCUCUCCUUGCAAAAUACCAUCUUUUCCCUCUUUCAACCACAACUUCAUGCAGCUAAACACUAUCUUUUUCAUCUCCACACUCUUUUCACUACUUCACACUAAGUAACACAAAACAAAUAAACCAUUUCUUUGUUUUCCUCUCUUUUUCUCCCAUGUCCGUACAAUCAACCUUGAAGCUUCAAAAUCUGAAGCAAAAAACACCAAGUUCAAAUUUUGAAACCAACCCAUCAUGCAAAACCGCCACCAAAACAAAAAACAAGCUCCUCCGGAUCAUUCUCACCGACCACGACGCCACCGAUUCCGACUCCUCCGGCGACGAUGAAACCCCAAAAAACACACCAAAGCUUAGAAAACCUAAAAAGAAAAUCACCCAUAUCAACAUGCACUUUCCUUAUGUCUUUGAUUCUUCAACAACUUCACCUUCUUCUUCCUCUUGCUCCACUGACCCGACCCGUUUCAAAAGACCCGGAAAAUUACCCGCCGGUUCUAACGUUGCUCGCCGCCGCAGCGUGUUUCGAGGCGUUCGUCAGAGGCCUUGGGGUCGGUGGACAGCUGAGAUCCGUGAUCCGAACCGUAGAAAACGGGUUUGGCUCGGAACCUUCGACACGGCGGAGGAAGCCGCAUCUGUGUACGACGAUGCCGCCGUGAAACUUAAGGGCUCAAAAGCUGUCGUCAACUUUCCAAACCGUGCCUCCGCAAAGAGUACUUGUAACGAGCCGUCGAAAGUUUUCUCCGGCGACGGUUUUGCUUCUCCGACGUCUGUUCUGCCUUUCUACGACGGUGACUCGACGCCGUUCGACGGUUUUCGUUACGGUGCUGUGGAUGCGUUUGGGUUUGAUAUCGACGUGCCGUUAAGUUUGACGGACGUUAACUUUGUACUAACGAGUCAUCGAUUUGGGAAAGAAAAAGAAGACUUCAGUGAAUUUGACUUGGAUGAGUUCAUGACGUGGCCAAGUUAAACAAACCAUAGGGGCUUAUUUGUCUUUUCAGGUGGAAAAUUCAGGGGCGUUAAUAUUUGAGGUUUUUGUCGCGUUCUGUUUCUGCUUGAUGGAAUUCCCAAACUACCCUCGCGACUUUAAGUUUUUUUAUUAUGCAACUAUAAAGAGUGUAGAGAACUAGAGUAAGCAUUAUCCUUAAAUUUUUGUCUUAAUUUGUAAUUAGUUAUUAAUUUUGUUAUUAUGUCAAAAAAGAGGGAAAUAUAUAUAGAUAAAUGAAAGUUAGAGAGUGAGGGAGGGGUGUUGAAAAUUUUAAUUAAUGACUAUAUAAAUAUUAUAUUAUAUUAUUGUAGUUUCAUAUAUCAGUUUGGUAAAGUAUUAUUAAUUAAAAAAUUGUUUUCUUAUGUUCGUUAAUUUUUAUAAGCACGCCAACAAAAUGAUGUAGACAUGUUCUUACUUAUAACGCAUGAUGUGAUUUUGUUUGUUAA